AACAAGCGCACUAACGGAAGGCUAUAGCUAACGUUAGUUACGUGCAUAGACAAGUGCUCGAGUUUGAACUAUAACGAUGAUGCCACUAAAAAAUAUCUAAACAUUAGAGACAGUAAUGGUCACAGGGUUGCCAGCUAAGAGCAGAUUUCUCUUUUCGUGUACAUUUCAGUGAAGUUGGAAUUACCUUUAGCUCACCUCUGCUUAGAUUCAGGGUUCUACCGUUUGCUAGCUCCCCAUCGACAUCAGUUGUGCUUUUCUAAGUAAGUGAAACAGGAGAGUAGAGACAUGUCAGAGUCCGGCCACAGUCAACCCGGGAUGUACGGGCAAGGACGCAGGAGGAGGCGACGCCGGGGAGACAGAGACGCCGGACCUCCGGGGCAAAAUCUGUCUGGACCCAGUCGGGAUCGAGAAUACCAACCGAGAGAACGAAGGGAUGGGAGCGAAGAUCCACCAGGCCCACUCAUUCAGAAGACCCCCAUCAUUCUUGCAAAACCCCCGGGGGAAAGGGCCAAGCCUUCGCAGAAUGCACCUGUCAGUGGAGCCGCAGUCCUGGAGAAGCCCAUCAUGCUAAUGAAAGCCAGGGAUGAUGGAGGGAAGCCAGGGACCCCUCCAGAGGUGGCAGCUCAGCCCCCUGGCCCAGGGACAUCCAAGAUAGAGAGGGAAGGGCAGCGACCUACCCAGCCUGUAUACCAGAUCCAAAACCGAGGAAUGGCCGCCUCGGCAUCAAGCAGCGCUGUGGACCCCAUGGUUGGCCAGUCUAAACUCCUCCCUCCAGAGAAGAUGAAGCACAGCAUUAAGCUUGUGGAUGAUCAGAUGAACUGGUGUGACAGCGCCAUGGAGUAUCUGAGGGACCAGACAGAUAUGUUGGUGGUGGGAGUCAUCGGCCUUCAGGGAAGUGGGAAAUCUACUAUCAUGUCACUAUUAUCUGCCAACACCCCAGAGGAGGAUCAAAGGGGUUAUGUAUUCAGAGCCCAGACUCAAGAAAUCAAGGAAAGAGGAGGAAACCAGACCACAGGGAUUGAUUUCUUCAUCACACAGGAGAGAGUCAUCUUCUUGGACACACAGCCGAUGCUCAGCCCAUCUAUCCUGGACCACCUGAUCAACAAUGACCGGAAGUUGCCUCCAGAGUACAACCUCCCUCACACGUACAUUGAGAUGCAGUCUCUUCAGAUUGCUGCCUUCCUGUUUACCGUGUGCCAUGUGAUCAUUGUGGUUCAAGACUGGUUCACUGACCUAAAUCUCUACAGGUUUCUUCAGACUGCUGAGAUGCUUAAACCUUCCACCCCGUCUGCGGGCCAUGACAGCGCUGGCUCUUCAGGCAAUGACGAUGGAGCAGAGUACUAUCCUCAUAUAGUGUUCCUCCAGAAUAAGGCCAGACGGGAUGAUUUCUGCCCAAGGAAUCUAAAGAACAUGCAUAUGGUGGUGGACAAAUUAAUGGCUCACUCUCAUCUCAAAUACAAAGGUACAUUGUCCAUGCUGGACUGCAAUAUCUUCCCUGGACUGGGACAGGACUAUCUGUCACCUGAGGUCAACAUGUUCCUACUUCCUGUGCAGGAAAAUGAUGGGGAGGAUAAUCUGACUAAAGCAGGGACAGGAACAUACCCGCUCUUCUCCCUGCUCCCGGGUUACAGAGGACACCCCUCUUUCUCCACCAUGGUGUCAAAGCUUCGCAGCCAAAUGCUGACCAUGCCCCGCUGUCAGCUGUCACACACCAUCCUCACUGAGAAGAACUGGUUUCACUACGCAGCUCGUAUCUGGGAUGGGGUGAAAAAGUCCUCAGCGCUGUCAGAAUACAGCCGCCUGCUCUGCUAACGCCUUGGUUGAACUGCUGUUAUAUACAAUAGCGGAGCAACCCUGCAUGUGCAGGUAUCAGGUCACAUGAGGAGAAAUGUGGUCCUGAAAGAGGAGACUCGUUUGCACCUUACAGGAGGGACAGUUGUAACUGGAAGCUUAGUCAUUGUUGAAGAGUCUGAGUUAAUUAAAAUGCACAGACAUACAGUCAGAAAGUUGCCUGUCCCUGCCCUCAGGAAGUUUAAUGUUCAACCAAUACAGCUGCACCCUGUACAGCAGUGGUGAAAAAGAUCAAAACCACAAUGUCAAAGCAAGAUAAAGUGUUUUAUUUGCAAGUCAUUGUUUGCUUUGUGAUGUUGUAACUACAGCUUUGAUGUACUGACGAUGCACAUAUUUUCUGAGAUGAAAAUAUAGUGAAAAGAUUGUGUGGUUGUUACACUGCACAGUGCAAAGGUAGGGUCUGUCUCUCUUUGACAUACUGUGUUAAAUCCUUUUACAAGACAUGUCAUGUUUGCAUAAAAGACUGGGAUAUUUACAUAACAGGGAAGGUUUCACUUACAUGAUUGUGAUGAGUGGCUUUCAUUCUCUGAGAAUGAAAUAAUAACAAACACGAACCUCCCUCCUUUACCUCCUGUACUCUGCCUAACCAGCUUUAUCUUGUAAGGGCACAGACUAAGAAAUGAAAUUUAAGUGUUGGUGCUCAAGCCCUUGUUGACGUAACUCUUGCCACAACAGCCAACAGCUGGAGAAACUACACAGAGUACAUUGUCUGUUAAUCUUUUACUUGAAAAAUAACAUGCACAUAAUUGUUCUGUCACCUAAGACUGAGUAUUUUUGUGGAUUGCUGGAACACCAUGUGAUGAGUCAGGACUACAUUAUCUGAAUAACCUCUGGGAAAACUGCCAUGGAGAUUGCAAUUUGAUAUCAGGAACCAGUUUGAUAGUCAAAUUUAGACUGCCCUUCUCAGGCACGAAAGUCACAGCAGUUCUCAGCAGUGUGUAGAGUACAACCCUCAAAAAGAUACUUAAAAAUGCUGAAUACAAAAAUGCUCAAAAUGGCUCAAAUUGAUUUUGCUCUGGGUCAUGUGUAGUCUGUCAAGGAGGAGUUAUUUUAUUCACUUGUCUGGACUUGUUUACCUGGUUCAGGCUGAAUCCCGAAUUAUGCCACUCAAAACAAUUGAGUGGACAACAUCAAUCUCUGGAAAAAAAAAGUUCUGUAAGAAUGGAAAUUAAUGAAUCAUAUGUGGCUCAUAGUUGCUAAAUAUGUUCAAUGUGUGAUUAAACCACAUGUAAAAACUGA